UGGCUGGGUGGCAGCUCUCAGAUGAGUUGUGGUAGCACUUCUGUCCCAGAGAGGUUUCCCCAGCAGGCUAGUACAUGUCACAGCAGUGGGCUCCUAUCUGUGGAUGCUGAGUGGUAGCAGCUCAGCACUCCUGCCCUGUGAUCCGAGAGCUUCCCAUACACAGAAGGCUUCUGGAGAGCAGGUUUGUGGUUCACAGAGCAGAAGGAUGUGCUGGGGACAGAGCCCAUGCUUUGCCAGGCCUACUGCCUCCUUGCCGUGGGGCUGAGCAUCUGAAGCACCGUUCUGCUGGCUGCUCUAAUGAGCCCUGUUUCCUGAGUUUUAGGUUCUGUCUUCAUUUUGCUGACUCAAACUGCAGAUUCCAAGGAGAGGAAAGAAGAAUAAAAUACUAACGUGCCAAAGGAAAAUGUCAGACUAGCCAAUGGCAGUUACCAUUACUGACCUGUAGACUUCUUUCACAGUGGAAAAUGAAAUGCUGUAGAUUCCAAGCUUAUGAAAUGUCUUAUGCAGACUUUCCUCACUGAAUUUCAAGUAGGCUAAAAACUAACCGCUUCUGUUAGGAAAUGGAAGUAUGAUUGCUGGCUGCCGUCUUCCUUCUUGUUCCCUUUUAGCAGUUUUUGUCUGGGAUAAGAAAUCCUAACCUAGUUGUAUGGGUUCAGCCAAAUGUACCAUUGAUGGUCACGGAUGAUGUGGGAACCUCUGAUUUAUGCUCUGCUAUGACACCUGAUUAGGGAAAAAAUGGAAAAUGGGUCAUGUGCUACAUCAUCAGACCUUGUAGUAGCACUUAAGGUCAUAAUUUCUUCCAGUUCCUAAGAAUUGAACUCUGGGGUGAUGUUCCCCAGAAGGCAUGAGCAGUUAAGUUGUCUUUUUUGUUUGGGGACGGAGAUAAGAUGAGAAUGCCCAGAAGAGGCUUAGUAAUUCAAGCCAGGACUCGUUGGCUGUUACUGGGCAUUGCUUUUCUAUUCAGUUUAGUCUUGCUCAUGUAUUUGCUUGAGUGUGCCCCACAGACAGAUAGUAAUGGGUCUUUACCUGGCGUUAUGGGUGAAAACAUGGGUAAAGAGUACUAUCAGGCUCUCUUGCAGGAACAAGAAGAGCAUUAUCAAAACAGAGCUACUAGUCUGAAACGUCAGAUUGCCCAGUUAAAGCAAGAGCUUCAGGAAAUGAGCGAUAAAUUGAAAACUCUGCAGGAUAAAAAGAACCCCAAGGUCAAUGGUGUGAACUACCAGGGCACCAAAGAACAAGCAUCGAAUGAUCUCCUAGAGUUCCUUCAUUCCCAGAUCGACAAAGCUGAAGUGAGUGUGGGGGCGAAGCUGCCUAGUGAAUACGGCGUUGUUCCUUUUGAAAGCUUUACGUCCAUGAAAGUGUUCCAGCUGGAGAUGGGGCUCACUCGGCAUCCGGAAGAGAAACCUGUUAGGAAGGAUAAACGAGAUGAAUUGGUGGAAGUUAUUGAGGCUGGCCUGGAAGUUAUCAAUAAUCCAGAUGAAGAAGAUGAUGAUGAUGGAGUAGGAGAGAGGCAGCUGUAUAGCGAAAAUGAUUUUGUGGAAGGUUACUAUCGUACGGAAAGAGAUAAAGGGACACAAUAUGAGCUGUUCUAUAAGAAGAUGGAUGGCAUGGAAUACAGACAUGUCACGUUGUUCCGACCAUUUGGACCCCUCAUGAAAGUGAAGAGUGAGACUGUCGAUAUUUCUAGAUCAGUCAUUAACAUUAUUGUCCCUCUUGCUGGAAGAACUGAAGCAUUUGCACAGUUCAUGCAAAACUUCAGGGAUGUGUGCAUUCAUCAAGAUAAGCGCAUCCACCUCACAGUGGUGUAUUUUGGACAAGAUGGUCUAUCAGAAGUAAAAACCAUUCUAGAGUCUGUAUCUAGAGAAACUAACUUCCACAAUUAUACGCUCGUCUCUUUGAAUGAGGAAUUUAACCGUGGCCGGGGACUGGACAUGGGUGCCAGAGCCUGGGAAAAGGGCGAGGUCCUGAUGUUCUUCUGUGAUGUUGAUGUUUACUUCACAGCCGAGUUCCUCAACAGUUGUCGCUUAAAUGCGGAGCCUGGAAAAAAGGUUUUUUAUCCUGUGGUAUUCAGCCUCUAUAAUCCUGCUAUUGUCUAUGCUAACCAAGAUAUACCACCCCCUGUGGAACAACAGUUGGUACACAAGAAGGAUUCUGGUUUCUGGCGAGACUUUGGCUUUGGGAUGACUUGUCAGUACCGGACAGACUUCCUAACUGUUGGGGGUUUUGACUUGGAAGUGAAAGGUUGGGGCGGUGAGGAUGUUCACCUUUACAGAAAGUACUUGCAUGGUGACCUUAUUGUGAUCAGAACACCGGUCCCUGGUCUCUUUCACCUCUGGCAUGAGAAACAUUGUGCAGAUGAACUCACUCCAGAGCAGUAUCGCAUGUGUAUCCAGUCCAAAGCCAUGAACGAAGCCUCUCACUCGCACCUUGGGAUGCUGGUCUUCAGGGAGGAGAUUGAGACUCACCUCCGUAAGCAGGCUUACAGGACUAACAGCGAAGCAGUGGGUUAGAUGGAGCCCUCUGACAGGGUGAAACCGAUGACUUGGAAUUUGCAAUGAACCAGCAUUGUUUUACAGCCUUAAUUCAGCUUAAAAAUGCAGUGCCUCUCUUUUUCAGUGAAGAAGAGUUUAGGGUUUUUUUUUUUUGGUUCUUGUAUUUGUUUUCUGAGCAAUUGUUUGACUGAUACUAUUUCCCACAUACCUUGCAAGUUCAAGCACCUCAAGUAAGAAAUUGGAAAGCGUACGUAGUUCUAAGAAAGCAUCUUCAGUAUCUACUGGAGAAAUCUCUGGAACGUACGACUCAACACUUCUCCACAUGGUACAUUUUUGUUCUUACACAUGUUAUUUUAAGAAUUAAAUUAAAUCUUGUGUUAUCUGAGUAUUUUCAGUCUGUAUGGCUCACUGCGCUGUGUCUCUGGAAGGAUAUUAAACUUGCACUCCAUUGUAGAAACGAGAGAUGUGAAAAGGAAUCUCAGUAAAAAAAAAGAUACACAGCGUAUGCUAAUUGGUAUGCUAGCUGUUCCAGUUGUUGAUUUGACAGCAAUACCAGUAUACUGCAUUUGCUGUAUUAACCAGCGUUCACAUUGUUGAACACAAAAUAAUCCACAUGAAAGGGCAUGGAAACGCAAGACUUUUAAAGUGGAAUUCUGGUGUUUAAUGGAAUUUCACACUGCUGAAGACACCACCACCUUAUCUUGAUGAUGGAUCAAAGAAGUUGGGAAUGCUCCAGUCAUGCGUUUCUGGCUCUAGUCUUUUCCCACAGUAGUUAAUACAUCAUAAAAUCCCUUCUGUUAACCAAGCUAUGCUAUGAAAUGUGUAUAUUAAAGAUUUUUUUUUUUGCUCCA